AUGAGCUUCCCCAUAAACCUCACCAUUUUGUUCCCUCUCCUCUUUACCCUAUUCAUUCCCUACAACCAUGCAGCCACCUUUGAUAUCCAAAACAAAUGCCCGUACACAGUCUGGGCUGCCGCCUCACCCGGUGGGGGGCGGCGUCUUGACCCAGAUCAGUCUUGGACCCUCAAUGUGAAACCCGGCACAACCCAAGCUCGUAUUUGGGGCCGGACCAACUGCAACUUUGAUGCCAGUGGCCAAGGCCAAUGUGAGACCGGUGACUGCAAUGGGCUCCUAGAGUGCAAAGGCUACGGUAAACCCCCAAAUACCGUCGCGGAAUUCUCAUUGAACCAGCCCAAUAACAUUGACUAUUUUGACAUAUCUAACGUUUAUGGAUUCAAUAUUCCGAUUGACUUUAGCCCCACCACUGCGGCCUGUCCUGGAAAAAGGUGUGCCGCUAACUUAAUCGCCCAGUGCCCGAACAAGUUGCAGGCCCCAGGUGGAUGUAACAACCCAUGUACUGUCUUCAAAACUAAUGAAUAUUGUUGCACUAAUGGGGCUGAGAGCUGUGGGCCUACAGUGUACUCCGAAUUCUUCAAGGAUAGGUGUCCAGAUGCUUAUAGCUAUCCUAGGGAUGACCCAACCAGUUUGUCCACUUGCCCUACUGGUGCCAAUUAUGUUAUUACCUUUUGUCCAUGA